GCCAUGUUUGCGGAAGUCCAGCUGCUGCAGCUAUCUGGAGGCGCAUGAUAUUUUCCUGUUCUUUGUAUCUGUUAUUUAUCAUUUAUAAUUCAACAUGAAUCUGCCGAAGGGACCAGAUUCUUUGUGCUUCGACAAGGAUGUUUUUAUGAAGGAUGACUUUGACGUGGACCAGUUUGUGUCUGAGUGUCGGAAGCAGGUCCAGCUGGAGGAGAUGAGGGAGGACCUGGAGCUCUACUACAAGCUGCUCAAAACCGCCAUGGUGGAGCUCAUCAACAAGGACUACGCAGACUUUGUUAACCUCUCCACUAACCUGGUCGGGAUGGACAAAGCCCUCAAUCAGCUUUCUGUACCAUUGGGACAGUUACGAGAGGAGGUUAUGAGUCUGCGGUCCUGUGUGAGCGAGGUGAUUCAGGCUAUAGAUAACCAGCUAGCCAAACAGGAAGAUCUGCAGAUAAAAAAGGUGUGUGUAUUGAGGCUGAUUCGGGUGGUGCGCUCAGUCGAGAAGAUUGAGAAAAUCCUCCACUCACAGAGCUCCAAGGAAUCCAGCUCUCUAGAAACCAGCAGUCCCUUGUUAGCAGGUCAUAUCCUGGAGAGGAUUGCUACAGAAUUCAACCAGCUGCAGUUCCACGCUGUACAGAGCAAAGGCAUGCCCCUACUGGACAAAGUCAGACCUCGUAUCGCAGGGAUCACCUCCAUGCUGCAGCAGUCUCUGGAGGGCGUGCUGAUCGAGGGUCUGCAAACAUCCAAGUUGGACAUGGUGCGUCACUGCCUGAGGACGUACGCCACCAUAGACAAGACUCGAGAUGCUGAGGCCCUGGUAGGACAGGUGCUGGUCAAGCCCUACAUGGACCAGGUGAUAGUAGAAGAGGUGGUGAAGUCUAGUCCCAAUGGUCUCCAGUUGAUGUACUCUAGACUGUUGGAGUUCGUUCCUCAUCACUGUAGACUGCUUAGAGAGGUCACCGGAGGAGCCAUAUCCAGUGACAAAGCUGACAUAGUGCCAGGUUAUGAUUUCCUGGUGAACUCUGUGUGGCCAGAGAUGAUCAAAGGGAUAGAGGAGAGGUUGGCCUACCUCUUCAACCCUGGAAACCCUGACAUAUUCUACGAGCGUUACAGUGCAAGCAUGGAGUUUGUGCGGAGGUUUGAGCGUCAGUGCAGCUCGCAGGCCAGCGUGAAGAGACUGAGAGUACAUCCCUCAUAUACCAGCUUCCACAACAAAUGGAACCUGCCCGUCUACUUUCAACUACGGUACAAGGAAAUAGCAGGGAGUCUGGAAAACGCCAUCAGUGAUGGACUUGAGGCAGCACCAGCUGGCAGUGUAUACCACCUGCAAGUAUCUGAGGUGCUGUGGUCCUGCCUUAUGAGAUGUUGGUCAGACAAAGUGUACCUGUCACCUCUGGCUCAUCGCUUCUGGAAGCUCACACUGCAGCUCUACGCACGAUAUGCCAAGUUUCUUGACGAGGUGUUGACGAAGACUCCAUCCCCUGAAGCGACCAAAGAGCCAACCAGGCCUCUGCCGAGCUCCGCCUCCUCCACCUCCAGCCGAACGUCAAUGGAUGAGGGCGGCAGUGAGAGUGGGAGUCCUGCUUCUCUGUCCACCAAACAGCUGGUCUACAUUGCAGCUGACAUUCAAAAGCUGCAGGAGCAGAUACCAGAGUUGACAGAGAUAGUCAGACAGCGGUUAGAAGCCAUCGGAUUCAAAAAUGUUGCAAUUUUGGAAGAUGCUCUAACGGACUCCAAGACUUGCCUGUCAAGUAGCAUUCCCACUCUGAACACCAGGAUGACCCAGCAUCUGACUGAACGCUCUUGCCGCUUCCUGAAGAGUGCCUCUGAGGUUCCCCGACUCUACCGCAGGACUAAUAAGGAUCUGCCAGUGCGGGCCUCCGCCUACAUGGACAACGCCUUACGCCCGUUACAUCAGUUGCUGACUGACUCAACGGGGCUUGUCAACCCCUCUACAGCACAAGAGUGGCUGCGAGUUGCACUGUCUGACUGCACACAAAGGUACUAUGAGACCAUCUCAGAGGUGCUGAGCUCUGUGAGAAAGAUGGAGGAGAGUCUGAAGCGUUUGAAACAAGCUAGAAAAGGUGCGAGCGCGACUACCACGGCAGGAGCAAACGGUGGACCCACAGACGAUAGCAAGAUCCGUCUUCAACUUGCAUUGGAUGUGGAAUACCUCGGAGAACAGAUCCAGAAGAUGGGCCUUCAGCCGAGUGACAUCCCCACGUUCUCUACUCUGAUGGACCUGGUGAAAGAAGCCCGAGAGCUCGCUGAACAGAACCAGUAAAAGGUUGACUCAAUAGUAACUGAAACCCAAUCACAUGUUGCAAUAGUCUAGUGUUGGCUGAAGUCAUGGCCUGGUAGCAGUUUAUAAUGAUCAGGCCACAAAUAAUAUAUGACAAGAACUGACACUACUGAAAUCCUUUUUGUACAAAAACAUCUAAUUUGUUUUUGCAGGCUUUAAAGGGUUCAAUGUGUAACAUAUAGCCAUCUGCUCCAAAGAAAUGGGGGUCCAUACAGUCUAAAUUUACAGUUAUCAGUUAUUUAAAAUAAGCCAACUACUAACUAGCAGCAGGGCAAGAAUACGCAGAGUUCAACCAAACUUCUGAAACUCUUAGAGCCAGUCAAAGUAUGGAGAUAUGUAAUGCUCUAUAGACAAUUACUGUGUCAGUCAUUAUAUAUGUUGGGCCAGAAUGUUGCAUACCAAGGUUCUCAAGUCUUAAGUUGUAAAGAGAGAAUGUCAAUGAAAACAUAUUUGUCUAAACUUUGCUACAAGGUGAAGGUUUAAUCUCAAAUAGUCUGUUAGUGUGUAACAUGUACAUUUAUGUUAAAAUCAAAGUUUUAUAAUAUUAAUAUAAUUGACUCUGGGAUAAAAUAAAGAACUGUGGAUAC